AUGCUUUGUAACCAAGCUUUAAUAAGAAAUACACCACGCUUUGUAAGAUGUUUAUCUCGAGGUGCCACCGGCGCUCCAAUAAUAACAUCGAAGAAAGAGAUCUUGGAUAAACAAAAAACCAAACCUAGCCCAUCAGAAGUGAAACCAGUUUCCCGCCGAUUAAAGAGUGCUUCUAAAAAGAAACAGGAAAAAACGAAAACUACAAGCAAGUAUCUUCCGUUAUCAGCAUUACCACAUUUCCCCAAUCCCGAAGAAGCUAGAAUGGGAAGACCUCGUGGAAUCGAUUUCCAAAUACCAAAGGAAUCUCUUAAACUGUCAGAAGUGAAAAUAUCAAAAGAAUUUGACAAGGAAGCACGCGACCUUGCUGGUAAAAUUGAGAGUUUUUCCCAAAAGGAAGCUGACGACCAAGCAUUAAUUGCCAUUUCUAAAGAAAUAGGAAAAUACUUGGAACCCGAGCUAAAUAGAAUGUAUCCUACUAAGGAACACCCAAUGAGAAAAUCAUUAUCCGGUAUGAGUAAGAUAAAUCCAACGUUAGAUAAAAUCGAAGAUAGCUAUUUGUGGGAGAUUUUACCUCCAAAAAAGCUGUUUGGUAUACCGCCAUAUCAACGAGGUGAUCCUUUAGGAUUCAAGGAAUGGGAAAACAAACUUAUUGAGAAAGAAGAAAAGAAACAGUUAGAAGAUGAAGCUUACAAGAAAAAGUAUGGGAAGAUGAUGGCAGAAGUAAGUGAUGCUGAUUCAUUUAUUACGUCAAAACGCGGUGCACGAAAGAGAAUAAAUAGAAAAUUACUUAAAAACUAUAAGAAGUUGGAAAAAGAUGCUAAACUCCCUGCAAAAGACAAAUUAGUUAUAGAGGUCAUAAAAUUGUGA